AUGUUUCUCUCGCGCUUGGGCUUGUUGGCCGCGAUGCUGACAGCUCACGCUUCCACAGUCUCAGCAGCUAGCAGCACAUCGACCAGUAGUGGCGCCCCGACAUCGCCUACCGGGCCGCUUCACAGGAUUGACGAAAUCUUUGACAUUGCGCAUAGCUCACAUCUGGUGUACCGAGAGAACGUCUGCGACCGAUGGUUCACCCCGCGCCCUGGCAAUCGUGCUGAAGGCGAGCUUGUCACACAGUGGGGCAGGAUCUGGUUGAUGAACGAGGAAGCCAUUGAUCGUCUGGAGCAGGCUGAGACAGCAGUCUCACUCAUGCGUGCCUUCCUGGGCAAUGACAUAAGGGAAACGAACAACAAGGCAGUAGACGAGGCAAUUGAAGAAGUGUUGCAUCAAUCUUACGGAACAUACAUAAAUGUCCAGCGGAAGAUGUCAAAACCAGAGAACAUCAAACCUGCUAUUGUGUGCGGCGCGCCCGAGUGGCUCUGGUAUGUCGACCUCGACGACAUCGCUAUCGAUGAGAACGGAGUUCUUCGAAGAGGCUCCGACGGCCGAUACAUAACUUUGCGCCAAUAUGAGAGAAGCAGAGGCAACAGUGGCAUGGGAGAUUACUGGUGGUUCUGGGCAGGUUGGACUCGGAUCGGCUACAACUCUGGAUACGUGCGCAUCCCAAAGCACCAGUUCCUACCGAAGCCCGAUGGCUCAGCACCUUUUCCGACCUUCCGCACUUCAAACUCACCGAUCAUGAAGCGCUCCGGAUCUGGAGUCACACGCGUAACCGAGUCCGAAGACCUCUGUGGCGGGAAGACUGGACAGAGAUCGUACACCGUGGGCGCUCAGCAGAUCCCUGGCAGACCAGAAUGGAACCGACAAGUUGCGAUCACGAUUCUCUGCCCGUCAAGCUUCACUCAAUUUCCCACAGAUCUCCGUGAAGGGCCAUUCCCGCCAAGACUGCCCGAGGGAGCUCAUCUAUCGCAGUAUGGUAUCAAUGCGCUGUCACUGUAUCGCAAAAUUGUACGAGGUCUCUAUCCCACCUGGACGCUACGAUUAGUGCGUCGAGCAGCGAGAAACCGGCCCCUGCGCAAUCCAAACUUUCCGGCACGCAGAAGCGCCUGGGAAACAUCGCCUAGACAUCUCGUCAACGACUGCCUGUCUGCGAUGUAUCUAUCCCUCUAUGAUGUGGCAGCGCCAGCCCUGGAGAAAGCCGAGCAUCAUUUGGCGUUUCUAAGCCCAGAGAACUAUAUGUGGUUCGCGCUGGCAGCUUAUUAUGAGGCGGAGUUGAGAUGUGACUUUUCGAAUGGAGUCAAGAGACCAAAAGGUAGUCCCAUGCAAGAUGUGGAUUUGCGAAACGACAUAGUUCCAUGA